AUGAUGUGUGCGGUAGCGACAGGCCCUAAUGCCAUUCCAGUCUCCCUUGAGUUGGGAAACCAACUCCUCCGCACUGCGGGAGGAGCUUAUAAGAGCGAUGGGCGCGCGGAAGGGAGUCAGCCGUUUUCGGAUACGCGGCGGGAGUCUGGGUCAGCGUCGAUCCUGAGUGGAGAGACUGCGGACGCGACGACAGAUAGCAGCAGGAAGUCUGCAGAGGCAACAGAAGACGGCUAUAGGUCAGACGCAACAGAGAUUGUGCCACACUGGUGGAGGGAGACUUGCACGAAAGAGUCUUACGAUAAAGGGGGAGCGUUGUGUUGUGCGGGUGCGACGGCGGUACUUCGCGUUGUGCUUGUAGGGAGUCCUUAUGAGGCCCUCUUGGACACUGGGGCUUCGAGAAGUUUCAUUAAUCCUAAAAUAGUCGAACGACUGCAGCUGAAAGUGCGGAGACUUCCAAAAGAACAUAGGUUCACCAUAGCUACAGGUGCACAACUACGCAUUGAUCGGGUUGUGACGGGAUUGACGCUGUGGUGCGGACAUACACGUUUUUCCGGGGACUUUUUAGUGGGAUCCGUUCCCUACGGCUUAGUCUUGGGUUUGGAUUGGCUGACGGAACACAAGGUGGCCUGGUAUUUCCAGUCUGACAAACUCCGAACCUACGUGAAUGGCCAGUGGUCCGAGUUACCGGUCGUUCGGACUGGUGAAACAACGCUGCAACGUGAUAGUCCCACCGUAGUCCACCCAAGGACCCCAGCAGAGCAAGCAUACGAGAUAUUGGCCAAACAAGUGGCGGGGAUGUCAGCGGGGGGGGCAGCUAUAUUCCUACGCCCCCCUCCCAGGGGGGAUAAG